AUGGAUAAUGAAGUAUUAAUUACAAAUCAACCGAUCGUAAUUGACAAUGGUUCCGGAAUGAUCAAAGCCGGUUUUGCCGGUGAUCCGAUACCGAAAAUCAAUUUUCCAAAUUAUGUCGGACGUCCAAAGCAUGUCCGUGUUAUGGCUGGCGGUUUAGAAGGUGAUAUAUUUAUUGGACCGAAAGCUGAAGAAUAUCGAGGACUUUUGAAUAUUGCUCAUCCCAUGGAACAUGGUAUUGUGCAAGAUUGGAAUGAUAUGGAAAAAAUUUGGACUUAUAUUUAUUCGAAAGAUCAAUUACGAUCAGCAUCAGAAGAACAUCCUGUUUUAUUAACCGAAGCUCCAUUAAAUCCAAGAAAAAAUCGUGAAAAAGCAGCGGAAAUUUUUUUCGAAACAUUCAAUGUUCCUGCUUUAUUUAUUUCUAUGCAAGCAAUACUUAGCUUAUACGCAAGUGGAAGAACGACUGGUGUUGUACUUGACUCAGGAGAUGGAGUGACUCAUGCUGUCCCUAUUUAUGAAGGAUUUGCUAUGCCACAUAGUAUUCUUCGAAAUGAUGUUGCUGGCCGAGAUGUCACGCGCUAUUUAAAAUUAUUAUUAAGAAAAGAAGGCUAUGCAUUUAAAACAACAGCAGAAUUUGAAAUAGUUAAAAGUAUUAAAGAACGCGUAUGUUUCUUAUCACCAACAGCACAAAAAGAUGAAACAAGUCAAGGUGAUAAAUCACAGUUUACAUUACCUGAUGGAACAUCUAUUGAACUUGGUACAAGUCGUUUUCGAGCACCGGAAGUUCUUUUCAAUCCAGAAUUAAUGGGAGAAGAAUGUGAAGGUAUACAUGAAAUAUUAUCGGGCUCAAUUCAAAGAUCCGAUAUGGAUUUACGACGAACACUCUAUCAAAAUAUUGUUCUCUCUGGUGGAUCUACGCUAUUUCGAGGUUUCGGCGAUCGUUUACUUGGCGAAUUGAAACGCAUAGCACCUAAAGAAGUAAAAAUAAAAAUUUCAGCACCACGUGAACGUCUCUAUUCAACAUGGAUCGGGGGUUCAAUUUUGGCUUCGCUUGAUACAUUUAAAAAAAUAUGGAUAACAAAACGCGAAUAUGAUACAGAAGGUGCUAAAGUAAUUCAUCGCAAAACAUUUUAA